UGUAAAUGAUUGUGAAAGUGUAAACCCGACAUGAGACUGUAGAGUUAACGUUAUACAGCUGGAACCUCCUCCUCCUCUCCGCUCUCUGACUGAUUUAAACACGAGCUGCAGCGAAAAUGUCCACUAAACUGCGACAGGUGAUCAGGUUACUGAUGGUUCUGAUCCGCAGUAACCGCGGGAAGGCGCGCGCUCUCGGUAAUGGCGGCUUACUGGUGCUGCUGUCCACAGAGCUCACACCUCCAACACACACCGUUGCAGCUGCUGGUCCCUGGUGUUCCAAAGUGGCUAAGAAAAACAUUAAGAAAGAGGCUGUAGACAGACUUUCCUCCUUUGUCUCUCUUUGUAACUGCCCUUAUCCUGAAGAGCUCUGCAAGUUUUCAGAUCACUUUGGGCCUUUACGCUUUGCACAUUCAUUCCAGGUAGAUCAGGACUGCCAACAAUUAGAGAUUGAGAGAUUUCUUCAUAGAUUCAGUCUGGUUCAUGCACAGAUCACAGUUAUCUUCAAAAUCAGGAAUAAAGAACAAACACACCAGCAAGUAUUCAGUGCCAAGAGUACACAUUCCAUGGUGGGUCGUGCCAUUGCCAUGGACAGUACCGCAUUCGGACAGACUACGUUCCCUGUGAGGUCUCUCCCUUCAUGUAGUCAGAUGCACCCAGUUUCAGGGGAGACCCUCCCUCUCUUACUUUCCUCUGAGGCUGUGGAGGCCGGGUUGUGUGGGGAGGUGAGCAUCGCUACCAUGGCUGUGCUCGGGCCCUGCAUGAAGCAGUACCCCAACUGGCCAACUCGCAUCUCACACAUAUGCUUUUUAGUGUAUAGUCCCAGUGGCGUUCCUCUAAUGCGAGGAGAGAGUGAGAUGCAGCUGAGCUUCCUCCAGAACCUGGCUGACUCUCUGCCCUGGGGAGAUCUGGGUCUGCCUCAAGUCCGCUCUACUCCAACACACACUGCUCAUGGCUGUCUGUGCUGUGAGGUGGAGUUCUCUGUAGACAAUGAUCCCAGUGAGGAACCUCAGCCAGAAUGCAGCCGGGCUGUGAGUCAGGAUGUGAAGCUGGAACAGAGUCAUCCUGUGGCGCAAACACUCACUCUUUUCCUUUUCAUCCUGCAUAAUGACCCCUUUAACUCCCAGCUCUCUGACUUGAUCACAAAUGAAGAGACUUUAGAGACAUACUUGGACAAGGUGCUCUGGUACAAUGGAGAGAAAGUGAGGUCAGCACUGCAGUCUCUUCUGGAAAACACCCUCAAGGAUUUCCUUAAAAGAAAAAAGUCCAGUGAGACGUUUCAGUCGGCCAUGUCAGUGAUCCUGAGCUCUGUGAACAGUAUUGUGAGCGGCAGUAGCAGUGUAGAGUUUCGCUCUGCCUGUCUAAAUAGCAUGAAGGUACAGAAUACCCACGAUAUGUCUAUAUCCUUGCAUCAAACUCUUCAGAGAGUCAUAAAUGGCCGUUUUACUUCCCGCCCUGGGUGCACAGCUGAAAAGGCUGAAGAGGAAGCUGUUUCUGAACAGAAUAGCACUGAGACCUGUGAAGAGGGACUGCCUGGCAAGAGGGCUCACAGAGAUAAGGAGCAGUCUGCAUCACUCUCUAAGAGACAGUGUUUAGAGAACACUGCGGAGGAUUCAGAAGCCUCUACGAGCAGUUUGUGGGAGAUUCUGCCGAGUCCGAUGACGUCCCUGUUCUGUGCACCACUAUCUGAGGAACUGGAUGGAGAAAAGGGUUUAGCAGGAUCUUCAUCCGGUUUUCUGUACACUACUGAAAUGGAAAACCAAGAGGUAAAGAGCAUGUUAGGAUUAAGGAUUUGUUCUUUCGGACUCGCCACAGCGAGGAUGUUCUCCUGCCUGGCACAUCGGCCAUGGCAGACUAUGUGCAGGAUUUACCUGCACCAGCAAGCUCACCUGUCUCAGCUCCCUCCCCGAGUAUCACGGCCAUGUUAUGGCUGGCAAAGCAGAUGUAAAGGCCACAGCCUGUGGUUUAGCUUCCCUGACCCCAGAGGAGCUUCUAUAGCCUGGGCACAGGUUCAGUACUUUUCUACUGCCGGCAGCAGUAAAGAUGGACCACCACCAGAAUCAGGCCAAAAUGGGACAAAACCCACAGAUGAACUGCUCACUGCUCAGCUCUCCAAAGAGCCAGCUGGAUCCAAACCUCUGAGUCUGCCAGAAGCAGAGAGUAUUCAAGUAAAAGUUCGGGCGGUGCUGAAGAAGCGGGAAUACGGUACCAAAUACACUCAGAACAAUUUCAUCACUGCUGUCAGAGCCAUGAAUGAGUUCUGCCUCAAACCCAGUGACCUGGAGCAGCUGAGGAAGAUCCGUCGACGGAGUCCUCAUGAUGACACAGAGGCAUUCACAGUCUUUUUACGCUCAGACGUGGAGGCCAAGGCUCUGGAAGUUUGGGGCAGUAUGGAGGCCCUUGCUCGAGAGAGGAAUCUCAGGAAAGAGGUGGAGCAACAGUACCAAGAGAAUAUAUUCCGCAAUCAGAAGUUGUUAAAGGAGUACAAGGAUUUCUGGGGAAACACAAAACCUCGAUCUGGCAAAAGGUCUACUUUCCUCCAGGGGCCAGGAAAGGUGGUGAUGGUAGCUAUAUGCAUAAACGGACUGAAUUUCGUUUUCAAACUUCUGGCGUGGGUUUAUACUGGAUCAGCCAGCAUGUUCUCAGAGGCCAUCCAUUCCCUGGCAGACACCUGUAACCAGGCUCUUCUUGCACUGGGAAUAAGCCAGUCUGUGCGUAACCCUGACCCUAGCCACCCGUACGGCUUUUCCAACAUGCGCUACAUCGCCUCCCUCAUCAGCGGAGUAGGCAUUUUCAUGAUGGGCGCUGGCCUGUCCUGGUAUCACGGCAUUAUUGGACUUAUGCACCCUCACCCAAUAGAAUCACUGGUUUGGGCCUACUGUAUUUUAGCUGGAUCUCUAGUUUCAGAAGGAGCAACACUGCUGGUGGCCAUUAAUGAAAUCAAGAAGAGUGCUCAUAAGCGAGGACUCUCUUUCUUUGAAUAUGUAAUGCAGAGUCGAGACCCCAGUACCAAUGUGGUCUUGCUGGAGGAUGCUGCAGCUGUCCUGGGUGUGGUGAUGGCUGCAGGCUGUAUGGGUCUAACCUCACUCACAGGUAACCCUUAUUAUGACAGUCUGGGUUCCCUGGGUGUGGGCACUUUGCUAGGCACCGUCUCAGCCUUCCUUAUCUACACCAAUACGGAGGCUCUGCUGGGUCGUUCCAUCCAAGCCGAGCAUGUGCAGAAGCUCACUGAGUUCCUGGAGAACGACCCUGCUGUCAGAGCGAUUCAUGACGUGAAGGCCACCGAUAUGGGACUGAGUAAAGUGCGCUUCAAGGCUGAGGUGGACUUUGAUGGACGGGUGGUUACACGGUCCUAUUUGGAAAAGCAGGACAUUGAUCAGAUCCUUAAUGAAAUUCAGCAGGUGAAGACUCCUGAAGAGUUGGAGGCCUUUAUGUUGAAGCAUGGGGAGAACAUCAUCGACACCCUGGGAGCAGAGGUGGACCGUCUGGAGAAAGAGCUCAAGCAACGCAAUCCAGAAGUGCGGCACGUUGACCUAGAGAUCCUGUAAUGCUGUGAGGGCGGAGAGGAGCACAGCAUCUGUGUGGCAGAGAAGAAGCCGGCCAAGUUGAAGGAGGUUUAGGUGGUUCUGCACCUCUACUGAACCAGCUCUGACCAACCAUCCAGAUGAAGUCUUACUUUUCAUCAGUACCACGUCACUGUAGCGCUCGCUCAAUCCAUAUGUCUGAUACUUCUGUAAGCUUAUAAUGCAGGAGAUGUUCCUUUAGGUCCAAAAGAGUUCAUUCACUAGACCCAGUAAGUUUACAGUCAUGAAGUCGACUCAUGUUUUAAUGUAGUAAUACUGAUGUAGGAACUCUUUCAUGCCUUUAUAAAAUGUGUUCGGUUGGAUAUGAAAACCAUGAGCUGCUCCUUAAACAGCACUCUGAGAUGCAUAGAUAUACGACAAAGUGGGUAAAGCAGGUUUUCAGUUUUUGGUUUAAGCUCUGUGGGUGUCUGAUGAAUCUCAUUUGUAGACCCAGUUCACUCCUUUCGACAGGCCAGGCACCCUACAAAAAACUGCUUAUUCCACAAGUGUUUUAAUCCCUGUAUAGGUGAGUACAGAAUGCAAGAGUGAGUGAUGCUGUGUAGGUUGGAAAACACUCAAAAAAGUUUUUUUUUUUGACAAAUCCCUUAGGCUUUUUGGAAGAUUAUAAUAAUAUAGAUUAUAUAAAAAUAUAGGAAAAUAUAUUUUCCCCUCAGGUUAUGAGUAACUUAAGAUGCUUAAUCGUGUUUUGUCAUCUCACUGAAUAAAAUGUAUGGAUUAGUUAUAAUUAUUACAGUUUAUGAUAAUGAUAUUUUAAGUCACAUAUUGUGACAGUAUGUUGAGAUGAUAUGCUUGAUUCUAAAGUAGUCACGUUCCUGUGAAGGUUUUUAAACUCUGACAGGUAUUCACUGUAAAUCUUUUUUGAGUUCAUUUUAUGAUGAAUGGAAGUAAGGAUACAGAAGUAACAGUACAUUAACAGUGACAGUAAGAGAGCUAAUAUAAGUUCACCUCACCUCCUCUGCCAUUUAUCACAAAGAUGACAGCCAAAGCUGUCAUGGCUGACCUUUUGGUACAUACUACCUUAUAAUGCAAACUGCCAUGUAGCAAAGGUUCAUGAAGUUAGAUACCAACACAGGACAUCCCUAAGGAUUCACGGGUAUAUGUUUGCUUACCCUGUCUUAUACCCGUUCUUAUGAUGGAAAAAUAUCUGGUAAAGAACCAGAGUGCUGCGAUUACUCUCACUGUUUUCUUUAUUUCUGUACAGAACACAUUUUGCUCUUCAUCUACAUCGUCAUCAUCUGCUAACAACACUAGCACACAGCUAACACAGUAUCAGUCUAAUCAGCUUAGUGAUUAGAAAUGAACAUUAUGAACAGGGAGGAGAAAACUGUUUGGGUUUUAGUCACAGGCUGUAAAAUAACCAACAUCAAGUAGUGACGUUCAUUCAGAAAACGAAGAAGCACAGAUUGGUGAGAGAAGCAACAUUUCAGCAGUUAAGGUUCAAAUGCCAGGGCUGCUAGAGUUGCUUGGCUUUAUGCUUGGAUUGUAUCCUGUCUCAUUGAUAAGUAGCUGGAUAAAAUUCUGCAUCUGCAAAAUGAAUAAAUGUCAAUGUUUAAAUAAACCAUUCUUCAUUACAUGAUACCAAUACAAGGAAGCUCUGAAAAAAUGGCUAUAGUGUAUAUGUGAUUACCACAGACAACAAGUUUCUGAGGAAUAAACAGAAAACCAUUUACUUAAGACUUACAGUGGAAGCCUAAUAGCAGUUUUUGAAUUCCGUCGAUAAAAAUUUACAGUGCAGGACUAUAAAUCUACCACUUUUACACUUUAACACUAAACAUCUUAGAGUGACAGACCUGCGAGAAUGUACAUGAAAAUUAAAUAUAUUUGCGUAAAUUUUUUCUAAUGUUUUGGAAAGAUACAGAAUAUCUUUCCAUCUGAAAAAAAAAUUCCAUCUCUUGGAGGAUGGAUUAUACUGAUUAAUUAACAAAUACCUUGAAUUCAUGAAAUCAAUCAAUUUGACAGAACCACUCCUUUAUAUGUGAAUUUAAGUAAACUUUUUUUUUUUCUGUUGUCAGCACAAAGAAAUGUCAGUAUUUUUGUGUGUGGUAAUCACACAUCUGCUACACUCUCAGAAAUAAAGGUACCAAGUUGUACUUUUCCUUGUCACUGGGGUGGUAUCUUUUGUACUAUUAGCAUGUAACCUUUACUUGGGAAGGUGCAUGUGGUGAACCUUGAAUUAGCUUUAGAGUAAAGCUUUAAGGUAUAUCAGUACUCGUAUGGACCUUAAUUCUUUUUAAUGAUACACUAUAUUAACCUUACCAGGUAACAGAUACAUACUAAACAUACAGAAAAUGUACCCUUGAUGGUACCACACCCCCGACAAGGAAAAUUACAGUGUCUGAGAGGGCAGAUAUGGUUUAAAAAUUUAGGAAUAUUUUUUAUGUCCUGUUUUUCGAUGUGGCUUUAAUAAAGCUUAUCUAUUAGAGGUGUGACACAAUGACGCUAUCUGUAUCUGUUCAGUACUCCAAAUAUCUGUAUUUGGAUUUAAACUCAAAGUGGGUGUGAUCUAAACCCGAAGGCUCUGACAGUUCCUCAACCUCAGCUACAUCACUUGAGUUUUUAAUCCUGCUUUGUGCAGUUAUAAUAUUUGCCUGUGAUGUUUUCUUACAAAUUUAGUUGGUUCUGUUUCUCAUCAUAUAAACAAGCUAGUAGGUUAGUUUAUCCCUCCGCGACCCUGUCCAGGCAGGUACUAAAGAUGCUCUGUAAUGCACUAAGGUGCUGUGAAUGCAUUGUGCGAUGUUGCAUGUUCAUGUUAAUGAAUGUGGUCUUUCUUUGUCCUGCGAGCUUCAUAUCUGGCCGCUUGCUUGCAUCCGCAUUAAGGUGAAAACCUGCUCGUGAGGAUUUUUGUCGCGUCCUGCAGGAUACCGAAAUUCCAGUCCCAUGCACAAGUCUAGUCUCAACCAGAUCAACCUUUCUGACAAGUUUCAGUCUGAGCUAAAUAAUAUAUUUGUAUUCUGUUACAUCCUUACUGUCUGAGCUAUUUUUUAUGUGUUUAUGCAUUUCAGAUUUGGUAAAACCUCCAAAGAAUUGUUUGAAUAAAUUCAUUAAUUUAUGAAAUGUAAUUUAGCUGAUUUGUGUCUCUUUUUAAAAAAAAAAAAUUACCGGCUGUCCCUGUUGUUUUGUGGGGAAUAUUUAUGCUUUUUGAUUAUAUACAUUUUUUCUCCACGCAAACCUCCGUGUGUGAAAUAGAUGAGCUAGAAAUGCGCUCAUGCCAUUGGUCAGCUGAGUGAGCCCGAGACGCUUCUUGCAUUCUGAUUGGCUGAGAUCGCUUUCCAUUAAGCAAGCCCACGGGAACUCCAGCCGUCCAUCAAGAGCUUCCUGAGCUCCUCACACGGUGUGACGGAUUUCAGCAGCCUCACAGAGCCGACAUGGACCGAGUGGAUUUUCUCCAGAAAGGGAUUUAAGCGUUAAAUUAUGUGCUUUUUCGCAGUGUGCAUUCAUUUCCGACUGAUUUCAUUCGUGCUUCCAGGGGAAUAUCCUAAUUAUAAGAGAAGCGAGUCGAUCAAAAAAAAAAAAAAAAAAAUGUGGCGCUCAGCGUGAAGAAAGAGAAAGGUAGAUCUGCUGCAUGUCCUCCCUCCAUCACGGACUUCAAGUAAAAACCGAUCCAGCAUUUAGCUUCCUUUUCUUUUCUUUUUUUUUUCCAGGCAUGAUGUCUAUAUGCAGUUUCCACAGAUUAAUCUAGAUCAUGUUUGUCCUUGUAUGUUUAUAAACAACAGCAAGAAGAAUAAGGGAUCUUGUUGAUCGAUUUGAUCUAAUGGGGAUGUGAUGUGAUGUGAUGUGAUGUGAUGUGCACACACAGGUGACAUUUUAUGGUACAUUUUUUUUUAAAUAGAAAAUAAUCUGUGCCACUCAAAGGGAUGUGAUGCGAACUGGAGAGAUCGCUUUAUUCCUCUGUUUAAACCCUCUAUCAUCCUUUUUUUUU